AUGGACGUUCCCGGCUACGCUUUGGUAACUGGUGCCGCUUCGGGAAUUGGUAGAGCUUGUGCGAACACAUUUGCUAGAGAUGGUGCCGCCGGAGUAGCGCUGUUUGACGUCUGCCUUGAGGCCUUACACAUGGUCAAAACAGAGAUAGAGCAGAAGCAGUACACCCCCCAGGGGAAGCCCUGCAGGGUUGUCAUACACCAAGUAGAUGUGUCAAAGGAGGAACAGGUCACCCAAGCCGUGAAAGCAGUUGUUGAGGAGUAUGGACGUCUGGACUAUGUCGCCAAUGCAGCUGGCAUCGCGAUGAAGCAUGCAGGAGGUGCUGCAUUUGCCGCGCUCAACGAUUGGCAGCGCGUUCUUGACGUUAACUUGACUGGAUCUCUUCUGGUGCUGAAAGCUGCGGCUCAGGUCAUGUUGAAGCAAGAGCCUAUUCAUUCUUCGAUCGAUGGGAGGCCACUACAAAGAGGGACAAUUGUUCUCUUCGGAUCUAUUCAGUCCGUGGCGGGCAUUCCUCUAUCUACCGCAUAUGCCGCAUCGAAAGCGGGUGUUUUAGGCUUAACGAGAUCCGCGUCCGAAGACUACGCGAAAGAUGGUCUCCGUAUCAAUGCGAUCUGUCCAGGCUAUACCGAGACGCCCUUAACAACGAUGAACCCUGGGGUAUUCAAAGUGAUGGAGGAACGAGUGUUGGUUGCGGUUCCCAUGAUGCGUGUAGGCAAACCACAGGAGAUUGCCGAUGGUGUGGUCUAUCUUGCAGGCGGCAGGAGCUCUUUUGUCACGGGAACUGCGCUCAUGGUUGACGGCGGGUACACUGAGAGAUAG